GUUGGAACUUUUUAAAAUUGGAGACCGGCAUAGGCGUGCAUGCAUACAUGUAUUAUUAUUAUUAUUAUUUUUGAACCAAUGCAUGCAUACAUGUCUUGCCUCUUCUAUAAGUACGGCAAUUCUAGCAGCGAUAUCAUCUCAUCCUAAGCUACCUAUUAUAACUCGAUCAAACUGAUCAUCGCCAAUGGCGGUCAAGUCUCUAGUUCUUCUUGGUGUCGUACUAGCCUCGCUCCUGCUUCUCUCCGACGAUGUAGCGGGUGCUAGAGAGCUUACGGAUGCUAAAGAGUCCAAGGAGAAGAAUGUGAAACCUGCAGGAGGGCCGGGCCUGCCUAAGAAAGAGAAGUGGGUAGGUGAAAACAAGCAUGAUGAAGGAUACGGAAACGGUGGAGGGUAUGGAAACGGUGGUAGAUACGGUAACGGUGGGGGAUAUGAAAACAAUGGUGGAGGCUAUGGAAACGGUGGAUACGGGAACAAUGGUGGAGGUUAUGGCGAUGGAGGUUAUGAGAACAAUGGUGGCGCGUAUGGUGGAGGAUACGGUAGUUCUGGACACGGUGGAGGUUAUGGGCGUGGUUACGGCGGUGGAGGCUAUGGGCCUGGAUAUGGUGGCGGGUAUGGCAAUGGCGGUGGAAAUGGUGGAUUUGGCAGCGGCUUUGGUGGGGGAUAUGGUGGUGGUGGCGGAUAUGGUGGAGCUGGAGGAUACGGUGGCGGUGGCGGGUAUGGUGCAGGUUACAGUGGAGGAUAUGGUGGCGGUGGCUAUCCUUGAUAUGGAUAUUUGCAAGAGGUCACAAUGGUUGGAACUAUGAAAACAAUGACUAGAUAUGUGUUUGUGUUUUAAUUAAGCAUCUAUGUUGAUAUGUGAUGUGGUUAAAUAAAAAAUGGUCAUUAUGCUCGCGUUAUAGGAGCAAGGUCUGUAAGAUUGAGAAGUCAGGCGAGCAAGCCAACCUUGUGUUGUUUCUUAUGUAUAAAAGAGAAGAUAUGUUUUAAAUUGUAA